AGCAGCGGCCCUUCGCUCGAGCCAUGGGGCGGUAGCGGUGGGCCGCGGGCAGCGGGGGGAGCCCGCGCGCGGGGGCGGCGCGCUCCCGCCCGAAAGCCCCGCGGCCGCUCCCCUCCCCCCCAGCAGGUCCCUCAGAUGGCGGGCUCGCCCUGGCAGAUGGGGGGGCUGCCCCACGGCCUCAGCUUUGGGCCGCAGAACGGCUUCGGGCCCCUGCCCCGCCGGAGCAGCGUCGGCGACAUGCAGCUGGCGAGCGGCCCUUUCGCCCAGACCUCGUUCGGCCAGCCGCCGGGGGGCGGCGGCUACAUGAGGGGCAGCAACUGGGGCGACGACCACAUGCAGGGCGCCAGACCGCGCGCGAACUCGGCGGACUCGGUCAGGAGCGGCCAUUCGCAGGGCUCGACGCACACGCCGCGAGGGGACUCCAAAGAGAUGUUGUGGAGCGCCCAGGGUGGCCCGCCGCGUGGUCCGCCGAUAAGGCUGGUCCUGCUUGCGGUGAUCAUCGGCGUGUCGGUUCUGGCCGUCGUUGUGCUGUCGGUGAUGGUGCUGCACAUCCUGGGCCGCAGGCACGGCGAGGUGCCGGCCGAGCCGCAGGUGAUAGGCGUCGGCCCCCCGGCGCAGGGCGAGCCGAGCCUGUGGUAUCAGGCGGGACACAUCGAGGGGUUCGACUGCGCGGCCGCUUCGAAGCCCGUGCAGGGAGCCCGUGGGUCGUCAGACGCUUCGUUCACAGGCGCCAUCGUGACGAUCAUCAUCCUGCGCGGCGUCGUUAUUGCAUUCAUUCUGGCUGAGCCAGCUCGGUCCGAGUCGGCUGAGCGCCCCGUACUCUUGAUCAGAGUGGUGAAAGAUUUGGCCUGGAUGGCUUUGAUGUGGCAGCCAAUGCUGCGCCAUAAGGUUGCGCAGCCGAUCGGCGCCAGCUCGCAGAAGGCCUCGUACGAUAAGAAGGCAGACAAACGCACGAGCACAGAGCAGGAUGCCACGACCCUCCAGCACGAGUUCGGGUCGUACGCAUUUCGCGAGUGGGAGGGCGAGAAGGGCGAGACCUACCACAUCGAGGCGUCGGGCGAGGCCACGCCCUGGACCUGCACCCUCCUGGAGAAGAACGGCCACUCCAAGAAGUUCAAGGUGUACCCCGACGAGGCCUCCGGCAAGAUCUGGUGGGGGCAGGGCUGGACCUUUUUCUGCAACCUCCGCGCCGAGGAGGCGCACCAGACCCUUGCCCUCAGCUGGUACAGGCCCGGCGCCAGGACGCCCUCCUUCGUCUGGUGGGCGCAGCCCGAGGCUCCCGCCGGCCCCGGCCGCGCCGCGGAGGACGGCGCGCGCCCGGCGCGGGCGGCGCCCCCCGGCGGCAGGGCGGCCGCGGGGCUGCCCCGUUGGCGGCCGAAGCCCGCCGCCGCGCCGCGGCCGGAGGCGGAGGGGGCGGGCGGCGCGCCGAGCGCGGGGCCGGGCGGCGGGGCGGCCGAGGGGCCCGCGGAGGGCGGCGGGGGCGCGGGGGGCGGCGGCGAGGCCGCGCGGGGCGCGCCGCCCGAGCCCGGGGGCGGAGCCGCGGCGGUGGCCGGGCCGCCCGAGCCCGUGGGCGCGGGCUGCGGCUCCCAGGCGCGCAGCAUCGCGAACCUCAGGGAGCAGCUGGAGGAGGAGGAGCGGCGCCAGGCCAAGUAACACCAUGCACUUCUCCCACUGAGCCUCUGGAAUAGAAGCACCCGCGCUGCGCACCAGGCGCCGAAAGUUGAAGAACGUGAGCUGGUCCUACCACCCGCGGAGAUCAUCCUCAUCCUCCUCCGCCUUCUUCCCCCCUCCCUCCUCCUCCCCCUCCUCCUCCCCCUC